AGAACAGAGCCAUGCCCACACCAUGAUGCUAGCAGCACCCACGUCCUCCCCCGCCCCCAGUGAUCCCCAGGACCAGCGAGAAUGUUGUUCAUGGGAAACAUGAAGUUCUGGCACCGUGUGGUGGCCGUGGGGGUGCUGGCCCUGGUGCUGCUGGGGGUCUACAAGAACCUGCCCGAGGAGGCGCUGCAGACGGAGCUACAGGAGCAGCACCAGCUGCUGUUUGGGAGGAAGAACAGCCAACAGCUGAAGGGGUCAAGUCAGACAGACGCCAAGGUGUGCGGGCUGCUCAAGUCUAGCCCAGGUCACCAUGCCAACCUCUCAACCUAUGACGUCUUCCAGAACACCAACUUCAUCCUGAGGUCUGAUGGUCAAUGGGAGAUGCCCAUCCCCACAAAACAUUCUUUGACAACCAGUUCCAGGCCCAAGCUGAAUGUUAUUCUCAUGCCCCACUCCCACAAUGACCCUGGGUGGCUCAAGUCCGUGAAUGAGUACUACUCAGAUCAGACGCGCAACAUACUCAACAACAUGGUGAACAAGCUGACCCAGUACCCCAACAUGACCUUCAUUUGGACGGAGAUAGUCUUCUUCUCCAUGUGGUGGAAUGAGCUGGAUGAUUCUGUCAAGGUACACGUGAAGCGCCUGAUACGUCGCGGCCAGCUUGAGAUGACACUGGGGGGCUGGGUGAUGCCGGACGAAGCCAGCACACAUUACGUGGCCGUCAUUGACCAGCUGGUAGAAGGCCACCAGUGGCUGUGGGAGAACCUGGGCGUGCGGCCACAGAACAGCUGGUCCAUUGACCCGUUCGGCCACUCCGGCACCAUGCCGUAUAUCUGGCACAGUGCUGGCAUGUCCAACAUGGUCAUUCAAAGAAUCCACCAGUCUGUCAAGACGAGUCUCUUUGAGAAGAAAUCUUUGGAGUUCAACUGGCGUCAGAUGUGGGACGACAAGGGCAGCACUGACAUCAUGUGCCAUGUCAUGCCGUUCAUGCUGUACAACAUCAAGUACACCUGCGGCCCGAACCCUUUCUCUUGUUUAGCUUUUGAUUUCCGGAAAGUGCCGGGGGAUUACACAGAAGCCCUUGCUAAAGAUGUGGAUAAUGAAAACCUGGCUGAGUUAUCCGAACUCCUGUACUACCAGUACCAAGCCAAGGCGUUCUACUACAGGUACAACACAAUCCUGGUGCCCAUCGGUGAUGAUUUCCGUUACGACAAGGAAGUAGAGUGGGACCAGCAGUACACAAACUAUGAGAAACUGAUCCACUUCAUCAACUCUAAAACUGAGUGGAACACCCACAUCCAGUGGGGGACCCUCAAAGAUUACUUUAAGCUGGUCAAGCAGGAGCUGGACAAAAGAAAAUCUCAUGGGCAAGACAGCAAGUUGCCCACACUUAGCGGGGAUUUUUUCCCUUAUUCUGAUAGAGACGGUGCGUACUGGACGGGAUAUUAUUCCACGCGGGCGUUUGACAAGUAUUUUUGUCGUGACGUGCAGUCUACAAUCCAAGCGGCAGAUAUACUAAACACUUUAAACUUUGCCUAUUAUAAGAAAUUGGGCUUAGCCACCGAGUCCAAAUUUCUCCAACAUUCAUCAUUCCUGCAGGCUGCUCAUCGGGCGCUGGGUCUGUUUCUACACCACGACGCCAUCACCGGCACUUCAAAAUCAUUUGUGGCAGAGGAUUACGAGCAGUAUUUGCUGCGAGCGUAUAACAAUUCCCAGGAGGUUAUGAAGAUGGCCAUACAAUCCAUUAUUUCCGGAGGGAAAGUCGAAACACCUGUUGUUUUUAAACCGGAAACGGCCAGGAAGAAUCACCAGUCCAUGCCGGCCAAGCAGGUGAUAUCUGUACAAGAUUCUGGCACCACAGUGGUGUUCUUCAACCCCCUGGCUCAGCCCAGGCAGCAGAUGGUUCACCUGUUGGUGGAUGCUCAGACUGUGGAGGUACUCACCAUUUCCCAAGACAUCAUUCCAAACCAGGUGGGGCCCGUGUGGGACCGGGACGAGGACGCCACCGUUUCGUCCAGCGUCUUUGAGCUUUCUUUCAUGCUGGACAUUGGCCCGUUGUCCUUGACCCCGGUGAUUUUAUACAAAAAAACCCAACCCCCGGUGACCUCGUACUUCUCCACGCUGACCGUCUACAACACCAACGAGCUGGCGGUGUCCGGGGACAGCCUGUUUGUUCAGAACAGACCAGAGAAUGAACGAACGUCUCCCAUAACGGUAGACAACAAAGUCAUCCAGCUGUCCUUUGACCCAAAGACUGGCAGCUUGUUAAACGUGUUGGACUUGGUCACCAACAACGUAACGCAACUCAAUUUAAAUUUCAUGUUUUACAACUCUAAAGGCAGUGGCGCGUACCUGUUCAGCCCGCAGGGCCCGGCCACUGUUUUAUUUCCCAACAUUCCAAUCAUACGUGUAGCUAAAGGACCCCUGCUGACACAUGUUGAGGUUAGCUUCCAGCCGUAUAUUACACACCGUGUAACAAUCUAUAACCAUCCAACACACCUGGCGUCUGGUAUUUUUAUUGAAAACAUUCUCAACAUCAUCACCCUGCAGAGUAAAGAAAUUGUAAUGCAUUUCAACACGGAUAUAAAAAAUCCUGAUCGUUCCUUCUACACGGAUCAAAAUGGGUUCCAGUUUAUCCGGCGCCACACCAACCCUGUCCUUGGCAUUCAGGCCAACUUUUACCCAAUGACAAGUGCUGUUCUACUAGAGGACGAAAUCACCAGACUGACCUUGCUGUCAGCACAACCCCAUGGCGCGUCCUCGUUGGAUACCGGUCACCUGGAGGUGAUGCUGGACAGGCACUUGUUGUACGAUGACGAGCGCGGGCUGGGGGAAGGCGUGACAGACAUCAAGACAACCAUCAGCCGGUUUGUCUUGCUGGUGGAGAGACGUACUACCCCCAGCACGCUCACGUCACAGACCGCAGCGCUGUCUCUCCUCUCUCUGACAGCGCACGACAUUCUACAGCAACCGACGCUCGCUUACUACACGACGGUAGACACUGAUAUAUUUUUCAAGAGCAUCAACCCAACGCCCAGAUCAUUCCCGUGUGACACCAGCCUUGUCAGCCUGCGUAGCCUGGCCAACCGCGACUUGGCUUACAAUGGUACCAGCAUCAUCCUGCACCGCAGGGGCUACGACUGCGACUUCCCCCAGCCUAGCUUGGUGUGCUCCCCCUCUGACCCCACCGUCACGUUUGAUCAGAUUUUAAAAGAUUUCAACUUCUCCAACCUGCGGGAGACUUCGCUGACCCACACCGUGAUCAAAAGAACCCUCAACCCUAAAGAACCGUUGAAAAUAUCACCAAUGGAGUUAGCAGCGUAUCAUGUGCAGCUUUAAUCCACAUUUCUUGUUUCUAAUUUAAAUUUUUUUCAUCGGGAAGGCUUUACACAUCUUGACCAGAUACAUCCAGCUUAAAAAAAAAGGCAAUAAUUUUUUCCUUUUAUCUCCAUGUGGUGCUUGAAUUGAAUAGCUAAAAAAAAAACCCAGCCAAUUUUUAAAGUAACAUCCAACCUGUUCAUGGUGCUAUCCAAUCAUUGAUCUAAAGAGAUUAAUUGAUCUCAUCAGUGCCAAGUCAGUCCAGCAGUUCAUAUCUGUGUAACGUUAACCAGCUACAUUAUGGAAUAUGUAGAUUAUGUCAAUGUUAACACCUACAUAAUAGAAACAGCCACAAAAGUGAUGAUAAACAAAAAUACAAACUUGAGUUUCAAGUCCAAUAUUCCAAAAGAUGAACAAUAAACAAAGGAUAACUUUUUGCCUAUCAUGUUCAUAAUGAAGUUUUCUAUAAAUAGGAAAAUAACUCAUUUUCCAGGAACAAUUAUUUUUUCCAUGUUCUCUGAUAUUUUUUUCCACUGUAUAAUUUUUGUCAUUCCUAAUUUGUUUUUUGUUUUUUAAUUGAGUGAUGAAUUUACUUAAGUUGAUAACUUUUUAGCAUUAAAAAUUUUCUUUGUGCAUAUUUUUUGUAUACUAAUCUUUAAAGGUUUUAGGGCAAACAUUUUUUUUUCUGUACAUUAAAAAAAAAACAACUAUUUACUAUUUUAAAAUAAUGAAUCCAUAUUGGCUUAAAAGGAUUAGUUUUCAAAAAUUGUCCUUUGUUAGAGAAAAAAACAAAGAGGUGCCAUGUGACCACACUGAUGGAUCAGCUCUAUUGGGUACCUGGCUCGUGUUAGGGAAAGUGAAGUCGGCUAACCCAACUUUCCCUUAAGUCGAGGUCUCUGAAACAGUUGAACUCUACUUCACCUGCCCCCCGUGGACCAUCGUGGUUCAAAAAAGGUUUUUUUUUCUUUACAUGACUGUACUACCACAGCAGGAUGUACCUGAUCCUUUCACUGAAUGAGGCUGUCAGUGAUAUGUUAACAGGUUGUCAGUGAUGUGUUAACAGGUUGUCAGUGAUGUGUUAACACUUGGCUAAAAAUGGAAGAGAAACUAACUGACUCUGGGACAUUGUUGUCCUGUACAUUAUGUAUGUGUGGACACAUGACCAUUGGUUUAUCAUGUGGCCAGAUUACCCUGGUCACAUGACUGGCCAGAUUUUUUUUUAAAAUGUUGUGUGAUAUUGGUUUGAUGGAGUGGAUUGAAUGUAUCUGCAACUAGCACGUCAUAUUUGAGAAAGGGGCAGACAAUUUAAAAACAAACUUCACAUCUGAUGUUGGCAGAAAGAUUUUUGAUUUUUUUAAAAAUGUAUGUUUUGAAAAUAUUUUAAAAUAAAAACCCCACAUAUUUGGUUAAAUAUAAAAGCUUUACUUCAAAAUGCAGGCACUAAUUGCUUUUAACAUAUUGAGUAAAAUCCAAUUUUUUAAAAAUUAAAUUGAAAUAAAAUAUAAAUGUAUGCCCGGUUUACUCUAAUAAAUUAAGAAAUGUGUGGUAAAUUGUUCAAUGAAGUCAAAAUAUUUUUUUUUUAUAAUUAAAAAAAAAACAUGCAAAAAUUAAGUCGGUACAUUGUCAGAGAGCUUUCACUGUGGGGCCUUUGUUGUUUUU